AUGUCCUCCCAACAACACCAACAAAAGUGCAAGCUCUCUACUAACUGUCCACCCAAGUGCCCCAAACGAGGUCCCCAGGCUCCUGUUUCAUGUCUCCCUCCGAGUGCACCACCAGCUUCUGCUUGCUGUGUUUCCACCUGCUAUAUUUCUGGCUUGGGAAGCAGCUGCUCUUUAAUAUCACACCGAUUUCCUCGGUUCUACCUCCGCCAGCCUCAACGUUCUGAGUGUCCUGAGAAAGAGUCUGCAGAAUGUUCCAGCUGUUGCCACAGCUCUGGAAACUGUAGCUGA